AUGAAUCCAUCCAACGAACAUGAUGGCGAUGCUCAAGGUGGUACCGGUACCGGUACCGGUGACGGUAACUCUACCAGUACUAGAGACUUUGGUCAUCAACCAGACCAGUUUGAUGACAAUUCAGCAGUAACGGAUAGCCUCAUCAAGCGAGCGGAGACAGAAGCCGCACAGCAGUACCUUGACGAAGCACAGCAGCGCAGAGAUGAAGAAUCUGAUGCCAAUAAGGCUCAAGUAGAAGACAAGACACGUACUACUUCUGGUUCUACUACUCUUACUGGGAGCACAAACGAAGCCAGGGAAGAAGGCGACCAAAAAACCGGAUCAGAAAUUAUGGAGAUUACCGAAACAGAAAUCAAUGGAAGUGCCAAAACCGAAAUGCUGACAAAGGAUGCAUAUGAGGCAACGGAAAGAGAAACACUACCACCAGGAAAUGCACGACGAGGAGCAGGAGCGCCAGGAGAAGCCUUGCUGCAACCAACGAAUAAUGCUACCAAUCAUCAAGCUAUAUUGAAUGAUUCUGUGGAAUGGUUUGAGCCAAUCCCAAUGCCACCUACAAUAUUGCACCGAGGAGCCAACCACGGGCCACAAUCUCGUCCCGGAGCCUACACAGGCAGAAACUUGCAGCGCGUCCAAAGUCUUGAUUUCCACCUUGUGGGUAACAACAAUGAAAGCGAAAAUGCUGUCAAUGAACGUCGAUCAAACACCAAUACUGUCCCACAUCCUCCUGUCACCAAUGACCAAGGACUGGUUGAAGCUAGGGCUGUUAUGGAGGAAUCUGAGAGUCAAGUCUUCCAGGAAGCCCAGCAAGUUGAUCAUAAUAUAUUGGGACAACAAGCUGGCAGAGAGAAAAGGGAAAAGGAGUGCCAAAGAAUUGGAUUUGCCGUUGCUGUUUGUUCUCUGGUUAUUAUCACUAUCAGUCUGGUAGUUGGACGAAGGCCCAAAUCAUAA